GGUAGAAAUCACCCAACACCAAGGAGGUUCAGUUCUGUUACCCUGCUCCUGCUCUGACCUGAACACCAAACCUCAGACAUUCACCUGGAUGACCUUCAGAACAGGAUCUCUGACUGACGUGUUAAAUGAUGAACACUACCGUGGCAGACUUCAGCUGUUUAAUAACAUUUCUCCUGGUAAUCUGUCUCUGUUCAUAUCUGACCUGAGAGAAGAGGAUCAGGGAGUCUACAGGUGCAGAACUGAGAAGAAACACAGAGACUUCAGGAUUUAUGUUAAAGGCUGUGAGCUGGUGAAGAAGGCAGAGGUAGAGGACAUGACUGUGUUCACAGGAGAGUCUGUAGUUCUGCCCUGUGUCUGCACUGACCUACAGAACAAACCAAAGUCUCUAAAAUGGGAGUUUUCAAUACCAACAGAAUCUAAUAGCAAUCAUUAUCAGGAAAUUUACCCUGAACAGACUGGACAUCACAGAAACAGAGUCAAACUGGUCAGUAAAAACUCUCCAGGAAACCUCUCUCUACUCCUAUCAGACCUGACUGAAGAGGACCAGGGAAACUACAGAUGUUCUGUACAGGCAGAGAGAAAAGAUUUCAGACUAAAUGUUAAAGUAGGAAGAAGAGAAACUUCAACACACUCGGGGAAAACAGACAGAAGACCUCCAUCAGAACAGCCUCCAAGUAAAACAACAAACUCUCCACCUUCAUCAUCCUCAACAACACUGGAACAAGAUAAACAACAAAUUCACAGCAGACCUCUGGUGUUCGGCAUUGCUGCGGCUUUUCUGUUGGUGGUAAUCGGUGUAGUGGCAUUUAUUUGUUGGAGACGCAAAGGAGGAAGAUCUGGAAAGAAGGUGAUUACUGAAGGACAUCCAAAGCAGAAGGAUCAGACUGUACCUGAUGUUACUUACUCUACUGUAAGCCACAUUCACACAGCCGGAGCAGCUCGGGUCCAGAUCAACGCUGGAGAGAAAACCGAAUACGCCAGCAUUGUAACAAACUAAUCUGCAGUAAAUAUAUAGAAUAAUGCUGAAAUCAUACAGUAGAUUAAAUACAUACCAUGAUAAGCACAGGAUUCAUGAUAUCGGUUCGGUUUAUUUUACUGUCAUUUUUUUUCUAGCCAUAAAUGGCAGAUUUAAUCAUAUGUGUGCUGAUCUCAGCAAUAAUAUUUUGAGUCUACAUGUCAUUUUAUAUCUUUUGUGAAACAUUCUUAGAAAAAAGAAAAAAGAACGUUCGUGGAUUUCAAAAUGAGUUUUUGUAAAACACACUUAUAGUUAGUUAAAGGGUUUGUGACAGUGGUCUUGUUGAGUGUGGAGUAUUACACAGUGUUCUUUCUGCAUGGUACAAUGCUACAACGUCCUCUACAUUAGUUGUCUCUGUACACAGUGACCUGGCUGAUGCUUGAUAAUGUCUGUAUAGCUGAUAUUAUUGUGUGAAGUUAUCUUCAUGCUGAUGAAUUGUACAACCUGCUUCACUGUGAGAACAAGUGCUGAGAACAGACACAGUGCAGGACCGCUGAUGUGAACCAGUCCUGUGGUUGUACCUCAUGCAUUACAUCAGACUCUAUUAUUAUUAUUAGUAGUAGUAGUAGUAGUAGUAGUAGUGCUGCAGGAUCCCAUGCUCUCAUUCCUGCAGCCCGGGUUUGAUUCCUGUGUAGGGCACUAACCCAGACACUGAGGGAUUAACUCUCAGUGUCCAGAUGAAAUGGGAGGGUUGAAUCAGGAAGGGCAUCCGGCGUGAAACCUGUGUCACAUCAAAUAUGUGGACCAGAUGAUCUGCUGUGGUAACCUCCAAUAGGGAGCAGCUGAAAGAAAAACAACAACAUUAUCACUAUUUAAACACAAUUAUUAUUAUCUAAAUGUUAGCUAUUUGUGAUCAAAUCACAGGUUUAAAUAAAAGUGUUUCAGACGUAGAAAUCAGGCAGUGUCAAAACUGCUGCCUGUGUUAUUCAGCUGAGAGCGGGUAUAUUUUGGCACAAGUGACUUUUUUAACUAAUUAAGUUUUAUAAAGUCACUCUUACUGCUGCUGAAAUGGGUUCCAUAUACAAUGUUUAAGAAUUUUUAGGGAUCCUGUUUUUCACACAAUCAGCUUUUUCCAGACAUCUCACCAGGUCUGAUUUAGUUCAUGUUCAACUUGUUCCUCUGGGGUUCAGGGUUUCUCUCCCCUGCCCUGUGUGUAUGAGAAGUUAGAAUCUUCUCCCUGUGCUUUUUUGGUCUCUUUAAGGUCCAAAGACAUGCAUUGUAGGCUGAUGAACAUCUUUAAAAUGUAUUUUGUGUGUAAAUGAGUGUGCAGAUUUCUCUAUGUUGGUAGCCCAUCCAGGGUGUCCCCCGAGUUCCCUGGGAUAGGUUUUGUGUAGGAUACGUGGUACAGAAGAUACUUCUAAAAUGAUAUUAGAUCUAUUAAACUUUUGUUUGUCUUUUUGUUUUGUGGUGGACACAUGGAAUAUUUGUGUAAAUCAAAACCAUGCAUGGUCACAACUUUAUUAG